CUAAGAGAGACAUAAUCCCAGAUACUCCUGCAGUUUAUUUUAUUAUGCCAACACAGAAUAAUGUUGAAAAAAUUUGAUUGUAAAGAGCAGUUAUACAAGAGUUAUUAUAUAAACUUUAUUUCCGCUGUGCCUCGGCCUUUGUUGGAUACGCUGGCCACAUUCACUGUAGAAAAUCAGUGUGUACAUUUAAUAUCGAAGGUUUAUGAUCAGUAUCUUAACUUUGUAGCUUUGGAAAAGGAUCUUUUUCAACUCCGUUAUAGAAAUAAGGAUCUAAUUUCUUACAAACUUUUAAACAGCCCAAAGACUACUGAAGCGGACAUUCAAAAAGCUGUUUCGGAAAUUGUUAGCUCGCUAUUUUCUGUGCUGGUCACGUUGGGGACGGUCCCGUUAAUCCGCUUCUACCGAGGCGGUGCCGCUGAGAUUGUCGCUAAGGAACUUGGAAAUAAGCUAACCAAUCAUCUUAAGGGCUAUAAAAAUCUGUUUUCGGGAUUAUCGGGAUCUUUAGUAACUUUCCAAAGACCAUUGCUCAUUUUAUUGGACCGCAAUCAGGAUCUGGCCACCCUGCUGAGACAUACUUGGACUUACCAGGCUCUUCUCCACGAUGUCCUGCACAUGGAACUGAACAAAGUGAUCGUGCAGUCUCAAGAUUCCAACGGCACGCCAUCUUUAAAAUCAUAUGCUCUGGAUAGCGAUUCUGAUGCAUUUUGGAGAAAAGAAAAAUAUUCUGUUCUGCAAGAUGUCCUCGUCGCCAACGAUGAGGAAGUCAAAAAUUACAGCCAGCAAGAAAGUUCGACGGUAGAAGGAAUAAAAACGAGUGACGUUGAGAAAUUGACUUCCGCUGUAAAUCAGGUGUCGGUUUUAAGAGACAAGAAGGCGUUGAUUGAAAUGCACACGAAUAUUUUGUCGGCUUUGAUGAAAGCUGUGAACGAGCGGAAUCUCAAUCUUCACUUUGAGCGGGAGCAGAGGUGCAUUAAUCGCGAGCGGCAGGAUAAAGCGCUUUCUCUCUUCCUACAGGACACUAAAGGGACGCCGCAGGACAAACUACGCGUGUAUUUGGUUCAUGUGCUCUGCGAUGCUCUUUCUGAUGGCGAGAAAAAAAAGUGCGAGGCUCAUCUGCACGAUCUCGGCGUUGAUCUCGCGUGCACGCAGUACAUUAAUCAGUUUAAAUCCUUUGGCAGGAUCGCCGAAAGCUUGAGCGGGCAGACGAAGCCGGCCGGCCCGGCGGGUAUGCUCGAGAGGGUGACGAGCAAGAUCGUCUAUCACGGAACCGAUCUUUUAUCGAAAGGCAUCCAAAACGUGUUCCCCUCCACUUUGAAAUUUCCUUUUACCAAGAUUGUGGAUGAGCUUAUGGAUAACAGAGGAAGUGCUUCAGAGGAUUACGGCUGUUUUGAUCCCAAACUUCUUCAGCAAAGCGCAGCGUCGAGAAUCAAAUCAUCAUUUUCAAACGCUAUUGUGUUUGUAGUGGGCGGAGGAAAUCUCGCUGAAUUACAUAAUCUACAAGAAUAUGCAGCCUCUUGUCAGCCCAUUAAAAAUAUAAUCUACGGCUCCACUGAGCUUCUGGCGGGAGAUGAAUUUUUGCAGCAGCUCAGUAGUUUAGCUCAGGAUUGA